UUGAUACAUUCAGUCCCUUCGUGUAUUAUUGCCGGUCAAUUUAUACGAUUAGCGUCAAACUCUUUUAAAAACCAAUUGAAACAAGGUUAACUUUUUACGAUUAUUUUAUAAGCAAGUCUCUAAUCCUAUACAUUUUUAUUUUUAAUUGAUCAAGCAAUUAUUAUUUAGUUUAAAAAUAAUUGUAAUUGCUCAAAUUAUAAAAAUGAAGUUUUUUUGACGAGGACUCGUGUAUCUUGAAGUUAACUAUGCUAAUCUCAAAGUCCGUGAUAGUCCAAUCUCUUGUUUACGAAGUUUCUUACUAGACACGUGCUUGACUUCGAAAUUCAAGAGUUUAAAUUAACUAGUGUUGAAUGAAAUUUGAGGAGUAAAUUCACAUAUCAAAGAAAUGCAAAGUAUUAGUUUUGAAGGAUAAACAUUUUUCAAUAAUACCGUAAUGAAUCAUUUUGAAAUGACUUUCUGGUCAAAAAAAUUAGCUAGUCAAUACCAAGAUAAUAUUUAAUAAACAUGACUAGACACUGUGAAUGAAAAAGUUAAAUUUUAAUGAAGUUGAUUAGGAAAUUGGAAAUUGAGUGAGAUUUGAAAAAGAAAUAAUUGGAAAUGUAUAAUUAAGGAUCAAAUUAAUUAAAAUUUAACUGAUUAAACAAGUUAAGAGUGUUUAUGAAGAGUAUCUCGAAAUUAAUUCGAUCAAUCUAGGUGAAAGAAAAUAUUUACAAAAGUGUCAGUUACUGAUCGAACAAGUUUCCACUGUAAACAUGGUAAGAUCUAAGACAUCUUCGUGCUUGAGGACAAAGAAAAAAUGUUCUGGUUGUAGCAUCUCAUCUACGAGCUUUAUAGUGAAAUCUGAAACGCAAUCACUGUAAACAAAAACUGUAACGCUUAACAGUACUCAAGCACUCAACUGGUGAAUUCAUGAACGAACUGCAUAAGUAAGAUAGUGCGCUUAGCGGAAGUGCGCCGAUGAUAUGUACAAUGACGUAUGUAAUGAAGAAUGCUGUAGGAAAGAAAAAAGCGCUCAAAUCAAUUGCUGUUACGGACAGGAGUAAUUUUCCUAUCAGUGUGCGAUUGUAACUGAUUAUGUGCCAUUGAUGCUCACGAACGAAUAUACAGUGCCAGUGAAAGAGAGAGUGCUGAAUGUGGCGAAUGCAGAUGUAAUGACUGCAACGGCCAUAGCGGCACGAGUUUUUCAGGUGAAACGGGGCCUUUAACUCCAUAUCUUUCAUAGUGCCGGUGAUGGAUCGAUCGAAGAGCGUCAAGAGAGUGUAAAAUUAGUGCGAAACGCUUCGAUUAAGAGAGAAGAAAAGACGACUACGAGGGCGACGACACGCGCAUUAUGUGUGCGUGGGUGGGUGUGUGCAUGUAGCCCUCUUUCACUCUCUCUCUCUCUCUCUCUCUCUCUCUCUCUUCUUCUCUUCAACUCUCUAUACUCUCGUUUCGACUCUCUCACUCUCCUGCUCGGCUCGAGUGCGAGGAAGCGCGCCGCUUUCAAGAUAGCGAAGCGCAGCUACACCAACGGCCGCCUGCGCUUUGAUCCUUCUUGCCCAUAGAGAGGAGAUCAAUAAGAGCCGUGGAUGGCUCUAGACACGUACCCUGUCGACAAGGCAUUAAUCCAUCGGAUUCGAGGCAGCGAGUUCCGAGUGUAGCGGCACUUCUGAUCAUGAGAGAGACGACGAGGGACGUAAGGAACGCGAUAAGCAUCAGUCUAGUCUAGAAAGCUGCGAAAAAGACGAUACUGCAGACUUGGAUGCUGUAAAAUUAGUGAAAAAAAGAAUUGCGGCUUUUUAGCCAGGAAAUGGAAAAAAUGUUAAAAGGCCCACACAAUCAACUGGGAGACAUGUCGAUAAGAAAAAAUCGCUGCACUUUUGAAAUGGCUCGGGAGAAAGGACGCGAUGCAAAGGAGAUGCCAUCGAUCGAUCCGCUCGUCUAAUAAGCACUGCUCCUGGCACACAUACGCUAGACUGGAAUUUGCCGCGCGCGGUAGGUCUCGUAUCAGCUAUAAUGGAGAGUGGCCUGAGUGUCGGUAACACGUCGACCACGCCUAAGACCCUCUUGCGAAACGCAACGUUGGCUGCAAAGAGUGCCGCAUUCGUCAGUACAAUCGGAAACGGCUCGGACACUUUCGAUGACUACUCGCUCGGCUCGUCGACCUCGUCACCGGAGAGCGGCAAUAGCAGCUGGGCCGGCAUCGAGAAAGCUUGGCUGAGCGACGAGGCUGCGGACGGUCAACUCGGCAACGGCAGCGACGAGUCCGCAGGCUCCGAUCUCGCGAGGUUCGUCUUUCACGACGUCAACGACUACAUCAACAAGUUGAACUACAGUGCGCUGACGAACUUCAGCUACGAUGCGACCAACUUCAACUCGAGUUACGGUAACUUCAGCUGCGUCGUGGCCAUCAACGACACUCUCAACGGCAACUACAGCGUCGAGUGCGAAACCGCAGCUAGUCCGAAGGCCGACGAGGCUAAAAACUUGUGGGCGCUGAUAUUUCUCGUCGUGCCUUUCCUUACUGUUUUCGGUAAUGUGCUUGUGAUACUCGCGGUCAAGAGAGAGAGAACUUUGCAGACCGUUACCAAUUAUUUCAUUGUCAGUCUUGCUGUGGCCGACCUGUUCGUCGCAACGGUCGUAAUGCCCUUUGCAGUUUACGUUCUGGUUUUUGGUUCAUGGACCUUACCAGCAUUUAUUUGCGAUUUUUACAUAGCAAUGGAUGUAACAUGCAGCACCAGCUCAAUUUUAAACUUGGUAGCAAUAUCAAUAGAUAGGUACAUCGCUGUAACGCGGCCAAUAGAGUACGCAAAACACAAAAAUAAAAGAAGAGUGUGGGUUACAAUACUGCUAGUUUGGGCGGUGUCAGUGGCGAUUGGCAGUCCGAUUGUUCUUGGCCUUAACAAUACUCCCGACCGUGUGCCGGAUCUUUGUCUUUUUUAUCAUACAGAUUUCAUCAUCUACUCCAGUCUAUCCAGCUUUUACAUACCCUGCCUUACGAUGGUUUUUCUAUACUACAGAAUAUUCAGUGCAUUGCGAGAUAGGGAGAAAAAAAAACGAGCAAAUCGGAAAACUAAUACAACCGCUGAAGUAAAACAAGGAUGUAUAAUAGAAAAUAUAGCUCAUACACGUAGUGGGUAUUCUGUGGCAAGGUUUGCGGAAACGGCGCUGGGAGCUGCAGCUUUGGUGGCACCGGGUAUCGAAGAGCCAACGAACACGGCCUCGGGAAGCAACGAAGAUGAGGACGAGACGCCCCUGGAUCCCGUCGUCGUCAUUUCCAACGACAAAAGCCAAGAGUUUUUUCUUACUACCGUCGAUGAAGAGACAGCCAAAAGAUUCGCUGCUUCCCAAGCACAAGCUAACACCAAAGAAAAAACCCGAAAGGACUCGGGUUACGAAGCCGGUGCAAGUAGCAUGGUGUUAGCAGAAGCGGUUGAAUUGACCGUCGAGACGUCUUGUCAAAGUCCGUACUUAAGAGCAGCUUCGGGGCCAUCGUCGUCGACCUCCUCGUCUCCGCCACCACCGUCGGGCGGACCAUCGUCGCACACAUCGACGACAAAAACUAAGAAAAAUGGCAGUGGACCUAGUAACAAACACGAGCUCCAGCAAAUAAGAGGAUUCGGUUCUUUAUUGCCCUUACCGUUUGGCAGGUCGAGUAACAGGGCAGCAGUGAAGCCAAGAAGCAGUGGAGGAGACGUCAGCGGUGGCGGUGGAGCAACUGGCGGAGGUAUAUACGAUACAAGUAUGGGUGCUGUUGGCGUCGGCAAAAAGGAGCUGCGAAAAGCCGAAUCAACGUCGUCCACACCUGGCUCAAGAUUUAAUAUUCGUAAAACUACAAAAGCAAGCAAGAAAAAGGGUGACAAAAUGUCUGCCAAGAAAGAGCGCAAGGCUACCAAAACUCUCGCCAUUGUCUUAGGUGUAUUUCUGGUAUGCUGGGUGCCGUUCUUUACUUGCAACACCAUGGAUGCCUUAUGCUCCAAGAUGAAAAAAGAUUGUCAGCCUGGUGUUGCAGCUUUCAUCGCAACCUCUUGGCUUGGCUACAUAAACAGCUUUGUCAACCCUGUCAUCUAUACUCUUUUUAAUCCGGAAUUUCGUAAGGCCUUUCGUAAAAUCAUCAAUUUUUAGAUGAGUAUUUGUUGACUGCAAUGACUUUUUUGUGUGAUAAACAAUUGAAACUAAAGUCUAUUAGAAAUUAAGUAAUAACUUUAAUGCCUACUGCAAUAGGGUAAGUAGAUAAAAUUAUUCUGAUAAUUUUGAUCGCUUACCCUCUGAACACGUUAAAUCGUUCAAAACUUGCUAAUUAUACAAUUUUAAGCAGCGCACGACCGGACAGCAAAGUAUGUUUUGGUUGUGAAUUUCCUGAUUUUUUAAUAGACAAUGAUAUCAGAUACGAAUAAUUUAGGAAAGGUGCUCAUUAGAAAUUACUUUAGCUAUUAUCUGUUAACUAUCUGUUAACUAUAUUGUUAUAAAUAAAUAUCCAGAACUCAGUUAACAUUGAGAGUGAUAAUAUAGCUACGAGCCAAUGAAUUCUGGCAACGAUCAGUUAGACGAAUAAGUUUUACAUUUCUAUUCUAGAACUCAAAAAUUCCUAAUUCUUAUAAAGAGUAUGAUUUCAACCAAUGUGACGUGUAAUUUUUUUUUGUAUUUUUUAAGCUACAUUGUCUAAAUUUAGAGUCCGAAUAACUUUUUUUACAUUCGGUGUUUUUUCGGAUAAAAAGAUUACAAGUAUUAUUAAAAAAAUUUGAUUCCCACGUUAGACUACAGAAUUGAAUUAAGCGCCAAAGUACACAGAAAAAAUAAGUCCUCAUCAUUGAUAUUGAUGCUUACCAUUUAUUUACGUUACUGUGUAACUCAUAAUAAAAAAUUAUUGA